AUGCAACAUACUUUUAACACUAGUGCGACCUCUUCUAGCUCUAUCAAGGAUUUUACAGUUCUCAAACAUUUCAAGGUAGAAAUUCAUCACCCCGAUGCUCUAGUGAUUAAAGAAGUCUUAUGGAACCCUCCUUUACCUAAUUGGAUUAAAUGUCAUAUUGAUGGAGCCUCAAAAGGUAAUUCUGGUGUUUCUUCUUGUGCUGGUGUGUUUAGAAAUUCUGCAAGUGAUUAUCUUUGUUGUUUUGUUGAACCUUUGGGUGUCGCUACAUGUUAUUAUGCUGAGCUUUGUGGUGCUAUGAGAGCAUUGGAAUUAGCUCAUCAAAAGAAUUGGAAGAACAUUUGGAUUGAAUCUGAUUCAGCCUUCGUUGUUCUAGCCUUAAGAAAUCAUGAAAUGCAUCGGAACUUUGGUAGUUUGGAUUCUAAUUUGUUGGAUGCCAUUCGAAACUUGUAG